AUGGUUCCAAUGAGGAAAUUUCGGAUCCCUUACACGGUCCUCCCCCCUCCGUCCACAGUAACGCCGGCUUCGGCCUCGACUCUGCCCGGCGCCGUUGAAGCCCUCCGCCGGUUCUUCGCCGCUCCGUCGCCGGCACAUCUCCCCUCCUCGGCCGUCGUCCUCACCGGCGCCGGCCUUUCGGUCGCCUCUGGUCUUGCCGACUACAGAGGGGACAAGGGCACUUACAGGGUCAACAAAACAUACCGCCCCAUUUACUAUUAUGAGUUUCUAAACAACCACGAGUCUCGCAAACGUUAUUGGGCUCGCAGCUUUCUCGGCUGGUCCAAUCUUCACAAGGCGGCACCAAACAGCGGCCACUAUGCCAUCAGAGAUUUGGGUGACAUCGGCCUUGUACGGAGCGUCAUAACUCAAAAUGUCGACUCUUUUCACUCAAUGGCUCAUCCCGAUUUACCAACCCUCGAGUUACACGGAUAUCUAAGAUCCAUUGUCUGCACGACAUGUUCUACCGAGUAUUCGCGAGAUGAGUUUCAACAGGACCUCGCCCGCCUCAACCCACGAUGGGCCGCUCUGCUAAACGACGCCCUAGCUUCGGGUGCUCUAAAUACAGAAGAUCCCGAUGAGCGGAGAUUCAAGGGAAUCAAGAUGAAUCCCGACGGUGACGUUGACCUGCCCGAUGCCCCUUAUACAACCUUCAGAUAUCCAUCAUGCCCCAAAUGCUUAUCCAGCCCGCCCAUAAACGCAGGUGGCCAUCGACAUGUCGUCGAUGUCGACCCUGACGGAGCUUGGGUACCCCCCAGCACCGCAGGCGUCUUGAAACCUGCUGUUGUCAUGUUUGGGGAGAGCAUCGCCAAUGGCGUCAAGCAUGCCGCUGAGGAAGCCAUCGACAGUGCCGGGAAGCUGCUUAUUGUGGGCACCUCGCUCGCCACGUACUCAGCUUGGAGGCUUGCCAAAAGAGCCCAGGAUCGAUGUAUGCCCAUUGCUGUUAUUAGCAUGGGUGGAAUCAGAGGCGAGGAUAAGUUAUUUGUCGACAUAGAUCCGAACCAACAGGGUGAGCAAGGUGUGAGAGUUGCUUUGUCGACAGAUGACCUUCUCCCGGCUCUGCUCUCGGCACUGCGUAAUGAUGUGCUUCCGUCGAGGAGAUCGGCCUCAUUGGAAGCGUCGAUAGGGAACCCUGGUGUCUUUAAGGACAUGCUAUCUUAA